AUGAUUAAAAAUGAACAAAAAUUUCUUGGUGUGGAAGCAGGAGGUACAUCAAUUUGUUUAUCAAUUGCAAUUAAUAAACCAUCAAAUGUUAUAGAAAGAACAUCAAUACCAACAACGAGUGUUGAGGAAACUAAAAAUAAAGUAUUAGAAUGGGUAAAGAAUAAAGGUGGUAAUAAUAUUGGUGCUAUUGGUAUUGCAUCAUUUGGACCAAUUGAUUUAGAUGAGAGUAGUGAAACCUAUGGAUACAUUACAACAACACCAAAACCAAAUUGGGGACAAACAAAUAUAUUAGGUUGGUUUGAUGAUUAUAAAUGUCCAAAAGGAUUUGAUACAGAUGUAAAUGGUGCAGCAAUAUCAGAGACAUUUCAUGGACUUCAUAAAAGGGGUGAGAUUACAUCAUGUGCUUAUAUUACCGUUGGUACAGGUGUUGGUGUUGGUUGUGUAGUUAAUGGUAGUUGUAUUCAUGGUCUGGUUCAUCCAGAGGGUGGUCAUAGUUUUUGUAAAAUUCAAGAUGGUGAUAAAGAUUUUCAAGGUACUUGUCCAUUCCAUGGUAAUUGUAUCGAAGGUUUAGUAAGCACAGGUGCAAUUUCAAAACGUUUAGGUAUCAAUGCUGAUAAACUAUCAGAGAUUAAUGAUGAUCAUCCAGUUUGGUUAAUCAUUGGUAAUUAUUUAGCUCAAUUAUGUGCAAAUAUCACUUGUUUAUUAUCACCUCAAGUCAUUGUUUUAGGUGGUGGUGUUUUAAAUCGUUCAAUUCUUUAUCCAAUCAUUCGUACUGAAACUAUCAAAAUUUUAAAUGGUUAUAUCAAAUCAAAAUAUUUAACAAAUGAUUUCAUUGAUCAAUAUAUUGUUCAAUCACCUUUUGCUUCUCAUGCUGGUUCAAUUGGUUCUUUAGAAUUAGCAAGAAGAGCUCUAAUUAAAAAUUCAAAAGAUUUUUAA